AAGGUAUUUAUUUUCAAUUUACUUGUUCAUCGUAGUUUUGAUUUUAUUAGUAAUUGGGCGCUUGGCAACAGACUUCAAUUUUCGAUCUUAAAUCUAUUUUAAAUUUGGUUUGUUAAACAAUAAGUAAUAUAAAAAUGGAAUCGAUAGUAUAUGACGAUGCUAGACGCAUUACUGAUGUGGGCGAUGCGGCUGACUUACUAUUAGUCGAGGAUACAACUGAAGAAGUAGCUCCAAAUUUACCAGUAACCUCAUAUCGGAUGAAACCCUCUUUAAGAGAACUUUUUCCAGCAUCUCAUAUUAAAAGUAUUAUUCAGAGCACGAUUUACGACAAACUGCAAGGGAAAGUAUAUAAUCCAGAUGACGCCCGAAAGUGGACACGGGAGAUUUCUGAUGAAGUCAAUUCGGCCGUAAAAGAUAUUAUUCAAAUGCCCCGCUUCAAGCACGUUGUACAAGUGACCUUAGGUCGACAGUUGGGUGCCGGAUGCCGGUAUAUAGCGAAAUGUUGUUGGGAUGCCGAAGCUGAUUCAUAUACCUCCGAUGUGUUUACGAAUGCUAGCUUAUUUUGUGUUUGCACCGUAUUUGGUGUAUAUUUAUAUUAAUAACAUAUACAUAUUUACAAGUAAUAUAUUUAAAACAGAUCCAUAUAACUCAAUAUUAAACAAUAUGCAAACAAAUACCAUUUUUAAUGAGUAUGAGAAUAUAGAACAUUUUUGUCCGAUGUUUUCAAAAACUGUGCGUACAAACUAGGAUACCGUAUAUUAAAUAGAACUUCUUGCUAUUCGUUGGUUAAUAGAUUUUUAUAUGAUUUAUUUAAAAGGAAAGGCAGAGGUUGUAUAAUUUAAGUUAUAUAAUUUAUAUAAAAUAUAUUUUGUAUUAGUACAAUAUCUAAAAUUCAUAUAUGGCUCUGAUAUGGACGUCAGUAGCAGCAUCUUAACCUUGUAUGCUUUGGGUAAUCUGUUAUAGACAAAGGAUGAUCUCUGUUUUUACACAAUUCACAUGGGAACGUUCAACCAUUAAAUAAAUACAAUUAUGAAAUUGGC